AUGCAAAUCCUGCACACUGACACUACACCAGAAACCUUGAACUCUAAUGAGAAGAUCUUGCUGUUUCUGGGAUGCUCCAGGUUUUGGUUGUGCAUCUCAUGGAUAUAUUCCAUUUUUUUAAUAUUUUAUCCCAAUUACCUUUAUGUUCACACCAUAUUUCAACUACUUGAUAGUGCUCAUAGCUUUUUUAAGUGUUCCAACUUGUGGCUUUCUACUUCACUUUGUGUCUUUUAUUGCAUAAAAAUUGCCAAUUUCAGGAACAGUUUCUUCAUCUACCUGAAAGUAAAUGACAGGAUUGUGCCCUGCCUCUUGCUGGGAUCGGUGCUGUUCUCCCUGGUUAUUGGAGCCCACUGUCUACGACAUCCACGGAUAUAUAAGCUCGGUAACAACUUCAAUUUCACCUGCCAAGGAAGGAUUUUGAAAGCAAGUAUCACAAUAGAUCAACAUUUUUUGCCUCAUUAUUUUAUCAUUGGUUUAGGAUAUGCCAUUUUGUUCACAGCAGUCAUCUUGUCUGCCCUUCUCCUUCUCUUUUCCCUCUGGAGACACAAACGCAACAUGCAGACAAACUCCAUGAAGGACCUCAGCGUGGAUGCCCACAUCAAAGCCAUGAAAUCCAUUCUCUCCUUCUUCAUAAUGUACAGCAUCAACUUUAUAUGUUUGAUCUUGACUCUAAUUUAUGCAAUGAAGAAUGCAAAUGAUGCGAUAUUUUUAAUUUACUUAAUUCAAUACACUUUUCCAGGUCUUCAUUCCCUUGUUCUGAUUUUCAGUAAUCCCCAGUCUGGAAAAGAGGACUGCUAG